AUGGCGGGACGGGCCGAGACGCGAACCCCUGAGCCGCCCGACCGCGACGAACACGAAGAUUCACCUCCACGAUUGGCGAGGCCGAGACGCACCACACGGCCACCGAAUAACUAUGCUCGAGAGCAAGAGAUCGACAACGACCAGAGAACGACACGCUCUCAGCUGAGGAAGAAAACGCAAGACAAGCGAGCAACUCCACACGAUGCGGCGACUUCGGACGACUCUGCGACGGAGAGCGAGGACCUCAACACCGCCUCCCUCGUCAAAGAGCUGAUCAAACUCAGGCGAGAAAUCAGACGACGUGAUGAAUCGCACAAGGAGGAACUUCAGAAAGUGAAAGAAGAAUUUAGCGCCGCCCUCGCCGAGGUCCGACACGAGCUACAGACCCUGACAGAAAGACCUCAGACGCCGCAAUCCCACACCGACGCAUGCGCUCAGAACAGCCACGAUGAGAUUCUCCGCGAGAUUCAAUCUCUGCGCGAGACCAUCAGUCCUUUCGUUCCCACUGGAUCCCCGUCCUAUGCAGACGUUGCCCGUACUCCUCCACUUAGUCACCCGAGCAACAUUCGCACCCUCUCCUCGAAUACGACCCCAACCACGUUGACCGACACGUUAUAUUGCACGGUAGACACGUCAAAGAUGGCAGAAAAAGCAAACGAGAAGACAUCCGCAGGCUCAAUUCGGGCGGCGGUCGAGACAGAGAUUCGAACCAUGGACGGCCACACGCACUGGCGCUGUCGCGCUGUCACCGUGGACCCGAAGAACACCAACCGAAUCAGAAUAGCGUGCCGUGAUGCAGACGAGCACCAGAUGGUCAAGAAAGUGGCAGAAGCCAAGAUCGGCGCGGGAGCCCGGGUGCUCCGGGACGAGCUCUACCCGAUCAAAGUCGACAACGUAAACAGGACCGCCGUGCUGAAUGAGAAGGACGAGAUUCGAGCCGGAGCCGCAGCAGCCUUCAGCGAAGAGAAUGAAGCCACCGUGGCCAAGAUUGCAUGGCUUAGCAAAAAGGAUAAUGCGAAGGCAUAUGGAUCCAUGGUUGUGUAUCUGACGAAGGGCGCCGACGCACGGAGGCUCCUGGCUGACGGAUUCUUUCACGUUGGAGGGGAAUCUGGUGUGACCAGUCCCUUCGAAUACCGACCUCGACCGAUGCAAUGCUACAACUGCCAAGACGUGGGCCACAAGGCAUUCCAGUGCAAGGGCGUCCAGAGAUGUGCAAAUGCGUUCCAUGUGGAGGCCCGCAUGAAUCGUUCAGCAGGAAUUGCCGGAAGCUCUAUCCAUCCCCGCAUGAAUAAAAGCGUCCGAAUCAUUCAACUGAAUGUGAGGAAACAGGGAGCAGUGCAUGACAGUUUGAUGAACGAUGAAACGAUACAGGACGCAGUGGCACUAGCGAUUCAAGAGCCCCAAGCGAGGAGAAUCCAAGGCCGACUCUUGACAACCCCGAUGGGACAUCAUAAAUGGACGAAACUGGUUCCCUCUACCUGGAGGGAAGGCCGAUGGGCAAUCCGAAGUAUGCUCUGGAUCAAUAGAGAGGUGGAAGCUGAGCAAGUGUCGAUUGAGUCGCCGGAUCUGACCGCGGCGGUCAUCCGCCUCCCGGAGCGCCUGGUAUUUAUGGCAUCAGUCUACGUGGAGGGAGGAGAUGCCGCGGCAUUGAUCGAGACAUGCGAUCACCUACGAAAAGCGAUCGCAGGGGUACGGCGGGACACAGGCACAGCGUUGGAGAUCAUCAUUGUGGGAGAUUUUAACCGUCAUGAUCAACUCUGGGGAGGAGACGACGUGUCUUUGGCAAGACAAGGUGAAGCGGACCCAAUCAUCGACUUCAUGAAUGAAUUUGCACUUAGCAGUCUACUGAAACGAGGUACAAAAACAUGGCAUGGCGCAGGACAGAGUGGGGACUGCGAGUCCACGAUCGACCUCGUCCUGGCCUCGGAAAACCUAACAAACUCCAUGGUUAAGUGUGCCAUACUUGGGACAGAGCAUGGGUCGGAUCACUGCACCAUUGAGACCGUAUUCGAUGCCUCAUGGUCGCCCCCAAAGCAUCCGGAACGACUCCUGCUGAAAAACGCUCCAUGGAAAGAGAUCAAUGUUAGGAUUGCGAACACCCUGGCCGCCACUCCGUUGGAGGGCACCGUGCAGCAGAAAACCGAUCGACUCAUGUCCGCGGUCUGGGACGCGGUGCAUGCCUUGACCCCAAAGGCCAGACCGUCACCACACGCAAAGCGAUGGUGGACAGAUGACUUGACACAGCUCCGUCAAAUAUACACAUACUGGAGAAAUCACGCCCGCUCGGAGCGACGGGCGGGACGAAGGGUACCCCAUCUAGAAGAGAUGGCCCAAGGCGCAGCGAAGCAAUACCACGAUGCCAUCCGGCAACAAAAGAAAAAGCACUGGAAUGAAUUCCUCGCGGACAACGAUAACAUCUGGAAAGCCGCUAAAUACCUAAACUCGGGAGAUGACGCAGCGUUUGGGAAGGUCCCGCAGCUCCUGAGAGCAGACGGAACGACCACCACGGAUCACAAGGGGCAAGCAAAAGAAUUGCUGACCGCAUUCUUCCCGCCUCUGCCGGAGAUUAUUGACGAUGAAGGGACGAGGCCAGAAAGAGCACCGGUAGAAAUGCCAGCUAUCACAAUGGAGGUGGAGCGGCAACUGUUGGCGGCGAAGUCUUGGAAAGCGCCUGGCGAAGACGGCCGGGUUCUUGAUCUAUUCCAAGCAUCGCUGGAAGGAGGCACGUUGCCACGGCAGUGGAGACACGCGAAAAUCGUACCGCUCAAAAAGCCGAAUAAAGAAAAUUAUAGCAUUGCCAAAGCAUGGAGACCAAUUUCACUCCUCGCGACGCUGGGCAAGAUACUAGAAUCAGUGAUUGCGGAAAGGAUCUCGCACGCGGUGGAGACUCACGGUCUGCUUCCAACCAGCCACUUCGGAGCCCGAAAGCAGCGGUCGGCGGAGCAAGCACUCGUGUUUUUGCAAGAGCAAAUCUACACAGCGUGGCGCGGCCGACGGGUACUGAGCUUGAUCAGCUUUGAUGUCAAAGGAGCCUACAACGGAGUGUGCAAAGAACGACUGCUCCAGAGGAUGAAAGCGCGAGGUAUACCGGAGGGUCUGCUUCGGUGGGUGGAAGCGUUCUGCUCGGAACGAACAGCGACCAUUCAAAUCAACGGGCAAUUGUCUGAGGUCCAGAGCCUGCCACAGGCUGGGCUGCCGCAGGGCUCGCCGCUGUCGCCGAUCCUGUUCCUCUUCUUUAACGCAGACCUCGUACAACGACAGAUCGACAGCCGGGGAGGAGCAAUCGCGUUCGUGGAUGAUUUCACCGCAUGGGUGACCGGACCAACUGCGCAGAGUAAUCGGGAGGGCAUUGAAGCAAUUAUUGCUGAAGCGCUCGAUUGGGAGAAAAGGAGCGGAGCCACUUUUGAGGCAGACAAAACAGCCAUCAUACACUUCGCUCCUAAGGUUCACAAAACGGACCAGGAGCCUUUCACUAUCAAGGGACAGACCGUGGUGCCUAGAGACCAUGUCAAGAUCUUGGGCGUUCUCAUGGACACGAGGCUCAAGUACAAGGAACAUAUCGCGAGGGCAGCGUCCAAAGGCUUGGAGGCAGCGAUGGAGCUUCGGCGACUUCGCGGUCUAACCCCAGCAACUGCACGCCAGCUAUUCACAUCGACGGUGGCCCCGGUGGUAGACUACGCUUCUACCGUCUGGAUGCAUACGUGCAAAGACAAGGUCAUCGGACCGAUCAACCGAGUCCAAAGGGUGGGAGCGCAAGCAAUUGUGGGGACAUUUCUCACAGUUGCGACCAGCGUAGCGGAGGCAGAGGCUCACAUUGCUACGGCACAACGCCGUUUCUGGAGGCGGGCCGUGAAAAUGUGGACGGACAUUCACACCCUUCCAGAAACCCACCCGCUCCGCAGGAGUACAGCCUGCAUGAAGAAGUUCAGGAGAUACCACCGUUCGCCGCUGUACCAGGUAGCGGACGCGCUGAAAAACAUUGAGAUGGAAACUCUGAAAAUCAUCAAUCCGUUCGUGUUAGCACCAUGGGAGACUCGCAUACAGAGCGAUGUUGAAGCAAUGCCGGACUCGCACACCGUACCGGGCGGAUCAUUGCAAGUUACAGUCAGCAGUUCAGCACGAAAUAGCCUCGUGGGAUUUGGCGUGGCGAUCGAGAAACAGCCACCUCGAUAUCGGAAGCUGAAACUAAAGACCUUUUCCACGACACUAGGCCCAAGAUUAGAGCAAAGCCCAUUCUCCGCGGAGCUAGCAGCACUGGCACACACAUUGAACAUGCUAGUGGGACUGAAAGACUACAGGAUCACGCUGCUCACGAGCAACAAAGCAGCGGCCCUCACGAUGAGGAAUCCUCGGCAGCAGUCGGGCCAGGAGUUCGUCUGCCAAUCGUAUAAGUUGAAGAGGCUGCGGAGAAACGGAAAUCACAUCAAUAUCUUCUGGGUCCCUACUAGCGCGGACAAUAAACUGCUAGGUCUGGCCAAAGAGCAGGCCAGGAGUGCGACCCAGAAAGAUGCCGUCCCCCAAGAAUCGGUCCCUAGGAUGAAGUCGACAACACUGAAGAUCGCUCGGUCUCAAGCAGCUCCCAACAAUGACUUACCGGAGAACGUAGGAAGACACGUGAAACGAGUCGAUGCAGCACUGCCAGGCAAACACACUCAACAGCUGUAUGAUCGAUUAUCGUGGAAGGAAGCGAGCGCGCUGGCCCAACUCCGGACUGGCAUGGCCAGACUCAAUAGCUAUCUCUACCGCAUCAGCGUUGCAGACACGGACCAGUGUGCAUGUGGACAAGCAAGAGAGACGGUGGAACACUUCCUCUUUCGAUGUCGGAAGUGGACCACACAACGAACAGCACUCCUGCAAUGUAGCCAAAAUCACCGGGGCAAUCUCUCCUUCUGUCUGGGAGGGAAAUCGCCCUCUGAUAGUCCGCAAUGGACGCCAAACUUGGAAGCCGUGCGAGCCUCAAUACGAUUCGCGAUCUCCACGGGCCGACUCGACGCCACUUAA